UGAUCGUUGCUGUUCGCUAUACAGUUUUGGCCGAUGGCCGCUGUCAACUGGUGUAUUACUGCCUCUUGGAUUUCUCGAAAUUUUCAUUACUAAUAAUUACUAAUAAUUUCUACUCACUGAUUAUCGUUAUCGUUUCAUUGAUUUUUCUAUGAGUCUGUGAGAGUAGUAUUUACUUGUAUGACAUCAGGCAAAGAAACAAUGGGUGAACAACCAAUCUUCACAUGCAAAGCGCAUGUGUUUCACAUUGACCCAAAGACAAAAAGGUCUUGGGUUCCAGCAUCCACUGCAGCAGUGUCCGUUUCCUUCUUUUACGAUUCUACAAGAAAUCUGUACAGAAUAAUUUCCGUUGAAGGAACAAAGGCAGUAAUAAACAGUACUAUUACUCCAAACAUGACCUUUACAAAAACAUCACAAAAGUUUGGACAAUGGUCAGAUGUUAGAGCUAAUACUGUAUAUGGUCUUGGCUUCUCAUCUGAGGCAGAGUUAGGAAAGUUUAUAGAGAAGUUUCACGAAGUGAAGGAAGCCACCCGUAUCGCUAGUGCUAAAUUACAGUCGAACAGCUCAUCCGUUACUCCGGCCACUAGUGCAAAUGUUAGUCCGAUUACUUCUCGGUCUGGUAUGCCGUCUUCAGAACAGGAUCUCAUUGAUCCUCCGAAUUCAUCCAUGAUUAACUCCAAUGUAUCAGCGUCGAAUAAUCCAAAUCCAAAUACCAACAUGAUCUCUACUCAAAACAGUGUAUCUUUGGUAAGCAGUAGUCCCUUACCUGGUAGUUGUCAGAAUAAAGUGGAUGACGAAUUGAAAAAUGCAGUCCAUUCAAGAUCACAGAGUGUUUCUCAGCAGAGUACAGAAAGUCCACAACAUCAAGGAAAAGCGACGCAACUUAGUUCUGGACAGAGUGCACAGUCAGCUGAGAUGCAGCUGAAAUAUGAAAAUGACAGGCUCAAGCUUGCUCUAGCACAGAGCUCUGCAAAUGCCAAAAAGUGGGAGGUUGAAUUGACCACGUUAAAAACAAACAAUGCCAGAUUAACAAGUGCAUUACAAGAGUCCACAGCUAAUGUCGAUGAAUGGAAGAGGCAGCUGCAAUUGUAUAAAGAAGAAAAUGCAAGAAUUAAAGCUAAAUACGCUGAUCUUGAAGCUGGAAAAAUAGCGGAGGGCAACAGUGAAGCUUUAAGGUUGAGGGCUGAGGCAUUGGAAGAUGAACUCAGAACACGGAACGAAGAAAUCAAAGCUCUUACCAUGGCCACAAAAAAUAAAGAUUUUGUAGCCCUACAGAAAGAAAACGCAGAACUCCGUGAAAUGUUAAGGGUUGUCCACGAACAGUUAGAACUUGCAUUAAGUGCGAACAAAGUACAGAAACAAAAUUUGGAUACUUUAAACGCCAGAUUAGCGGGAUACAUACAAGAUCUGGUGACUGUACAUCGAGAAAUAACAAACACACUGCAAACUUAAAUCUAAGAAUAUUCAUCAUGGGAGUUUUGUAUUUAUAAUAUAAGUAUACAAAUGGACGGUAUAGAUUAAUACAAAGGGAAAGGUUCCAAAAAAAACAUACAUAGUAAAAGUAAAAAAAUAUUGCAUUUUUUUAAGUGUACCAAUUAAUUCGGUACCUUCAGCGUUAUGCUUUUUAUGUUCGAAUUUCCCACGCUUCAAAAAGAGGAUUUCCCGUGAAUUCGACAAGAAGCGAGAGAAUAUGGAAAGGUACCGAAUUCAUUUUUACACCUAAUUAUUUAAUCUGAUGGUUUUCUUCGUGCCAUAUUUGUAUAUAAAAAUGUGUUCUUUUUUUAAUUUCAUACAUUGUUGCACGUACAAUUUUAUGAAUCUCUUAUGUAUUAUACUAUGAAUAAUUUAAAGUUUAUUAGAUUACUUUUUAUAUGAAUUGUUACAAUUUUUACUGUCACUAAAAUUAGAUGUAUAAUUUCCUUUAAACUUCUAACUUAACAUACAAUCAUCACUAUUUCACUCAUUAACAAACUAUCAAUUCUUACUCUACUAUUCUCAUUAUUAACUACCUCCACUGCUAUUGCCAUACUACUUGCUGUUAGUAUCAUUGUUAGUGCUAUUUCUAUAACUGUUGCUGCUGCAAAGGAUCUUUAUGAUAUUUAGAAACAUAAAACAUAUCAAAACUUGUCACAAAAUUAAAUGUGAUAAAUGUUUCUCGAUGUUUUGUUUGGAACUUAGCCCCUUGGUAUCAAUAAUAAAAAAAAUUCAGUUACCCAUGAACACACACAGCUAAGAAAAACAAAUUGCACAAUUAACAUUAGUAACGUUUAGUGAUAUUCAAUUAUGUAGUAUAACUAUUUAAUUCAGCUGUACAUUGUAUCCAUAUUGUUCUAUCACAUAUUAUUUACCUUUAUCAAAAAGUAUAUAAAAUUGAAGAGUCUGGCAUGAGCUGUACAGAAUUCAUUUAACAUAAUGGCUAAACAAAAGAUGCUUUUACUGUUAUGUUAACUCAUUAUGAAAAAUCAUCACAUUAGUUGGAAAAGAAUAAAUGAUUCUAGUAGCAUUCAAGCCAGAUGUUCUUCAAUAUGUUGUAUUUGAAUAGUAUAGGUUCACUAGGAAAACAAAAUUUGCCCCAAGGAUGCUGACCUACGUCGAGGUGAUAUUUCUUGUAACAAUAAAUAAUUUCUAGUAGUAAAUGGAGUGCAAAUUGCUAAGAGGAGCACUUUUUAUUGUACGGACAGUAUGUAUGUAUGUACGUAAACAAAUGUUACGAAGAUGAAUUUUAAAUUUGAGGAAUUGGAAACAAAUGCCUCGCUUGCCACCAUGUAAUCAUAAUAAAACAUUUUCAGAUGGCUUUCUGGUCUUCUGUUAUACCCACAUAUUUAUUAUGUAAAUGGAUCGAAUAAAAUAGAAUAUUACUUAC